AUGACGACCAUCCCUGAGAGGGAUAAGCUGACCAUCAAGUAUCGAGAUACGCUGAAGUUUCAAUUCAAGGAGAUCAUCAAGUUCACCGCCCGGCAAACAAAGAACACGACAAUGUGUGACUGGGAAGAGUUCAUCUUCGGAUGCUCCUGCUCCUACACCAAGCGGAAGAACUAUUGUCAUUUCGCCCGCAACGAUCCCAACCAUCAGUGCUUCGGUGUGCAAGUCCUCAAGAAGGUCUGGGACGUGCCCGAGAUCUGCGACAAGUGCAGCCAGAGGAAUAACAGGACAUCGUCGCGAUCAUACCAGCCCUACGGGCAGGGCCCUACUGACGAGUCUGCGCACUUACAGGCCAACGACGUCGAUGAGGAGCCGCACGGGUACGGACAGCUGCUCCGGUAG